UCACUGCACCUUUAUUAAAACUUCUACUCCAAGUGCAAGAGCAUCUUAAAGGAUCAUCUGUAGAUACUUUACGAAUCAGUAGUACUACUAUCAAAUUUCUCAAUAGCCAAGGGGAUCAAGUUUCAGUUGAUUUUGCACCUGAACUAAGAGGUGAACUAUCCGAGGCAGAUCGUAUGCUUCUUUAUAUCCAAGAUCUUCAUAAAAGAGGUGAUUCACAUGAAAUGCUUGAUCCUAUUGAAGAAGAAAAUUGGGGACAACAGAUGAAUUACCUUUGCAUACGUCUUCAACUCU